AUGCAUCCUCAAAAUUUAACAUAUUUAACGUUAAUGCUCGUUAUAUCAUCGUCAUCAUCAUCGUCGUCGUCACCAUCAGUACGGAUAAGAACGUACUCAUCCCACAGACCGCCCAAACAUGAAACAGCCACAGCAGCCGACCUGAAAACCAUCCUAGCCACUAAGAACAGCAAACAGCUCAAAAGCUAUCUCCUAGCUAAUAAAAAGUUUAGCUCAGUUAACGAAACCUGGAUAGCGGCUAUCUCUCGCUUAGAGUGCGCUAAAAUGUGUAGCAAAAAAACGGCCAGCGGAUCAGUAUGCGCCGGGUUCGAUUACAAGACCAGCCAAGAUAAAAUUAUUGACGACAUUACUAAGAAUUAUAAAAAUAGUAAUGAUAAUCAUGACAACCAUCUCUUCAACAUCACCAUAAUAACCGGUAGCAGAAUGGGUGCCGGAACCGACUCAGCUGUAACCGUAACUCUCGGUAUCGAGAAAUACGAAUACUCUCAGCCCAUCUCUACAAAUAACAACAACAACGACAACAACAACAACGACAAUAAUAAUAAUAAUAAGAGGACGAUUAAGUAUGAAGAAGUGUUCCCUUUAGAUGCUCCAUCGUCACUGAAUAUUUUCGAAAAGUCUGAUACGGAUACGUUCCUAGCUAUAGCCGGACGAUUAGGACUGGCCGACGAAUUCACCGUUACGUACGUUAGGUUGGUCGUCAUCACCAGUUUGAUAUCAGGAAGAGCCUGGUCUGUUGCCGGCUUAACUGGAUUCAUUGAUGAAAAGAAUGAAUAUUCAUAUGAAGUGAACGUGAAGUGA